AUGGGAUGCUUUUCGUCAAAACGUCCUAAAAUAAAACGAAAUAUUACAACACCACCAGUAACGCCGGAACCGGAACCGGAACCGGAGGAUGAAGAUGAAAACAGCUCUGAUUUUCUAUUCCCAUCGGAAAACGCGGAAAAGGAUGAGGUAAAAGAGGAAAAGACGUUACAAUCAUAUCCAAAAGCAGCUCCAAUCAAUGACCAAACGAAGCUAAAACGGGGUACAGAAGUAAAAUGGUUCUCAAACUGGACAGCGCAGAUGGAUGAUGACGUCGAAGACCCUUUCGAGACCGACUCAGAUAUGCCAGAAAUACGUACGAAGCAAGAUGUAGACAAACAUGCUCGACAGGCACCUUCUGCAUUAAACAGCAGCUUUGCUAACCUUAUAGCUUACUUGACCGGCGACCUUGAUGACUCUGACCGACCCGAGGUGUUUAAAGCUAGAGCAUUGAUGGUGUGGCUAAGCAUUCAAGAUGUCGACUCAAAGGAAGUGAAACGUAAAGUUGGAAACACAGACACACCUGAGGGAUAUAUUACACUUCUGGCCCAGAGGAGGACGACAUACUCGACGGUUUUCUUGGUGCUAUGCAGAAAGGCUAAGAUACAAUGUACUCAGAUUGAUGGCAUAUGUAAAGCAGGAGAUUAUGAGCCAGGAGAUGAAAACCUAAGAGGGUUAUGUAACUGGAACGCCAUCUUUGUAGAAGGUGACUGGAACAUUGUACAUCCUUUCUGGAUCUGCAGAUGCAUUGUUGGUAGAAAAGCCGGUGGUUGGAUCAAACUUGAAGCAGGAGGUAAAACUAUCGGCAAGAAAGAAGUGGAGGCUAUAGGAAUAAUGAAAAACGCAUUUGAAGAAUACUACUUUAUGACCGAUCCGAAGGAAUUCAUCUAUAUGUGUCACCCAACGGAAGACAAAUGGCAGUUAGUCAAACACACCGUGACAAAGCAGCAGUUUUUGGACCAGGCGUACCUUUUGCCACCAUUUUUCGGUCUCGGUUUGGUCAUGAAAUCAAAGGACGCUUGUGUGUAUCAAGCCACGGACGGAGAAGUUAUUAUCAAAUUAGAGGCUCCUGCAAAAAACGCAAACGCGAUCGACAUGCAUUACGAGUUCUUGCUGAAGGAAGGGAGUGAGGAACACAAGCUAGAAGAAAAGGAUUUGCUUUCGAUGGAAUCUAUGCCAAGGUUAGUUGCAAUGAUCAGAUGCGGUGAAAGGUGGAAGAUCCGAGUCCGUUUUCCAGUGGAAGGAACCUACAAACUGCGAAUAUUUGGUGCACCCAACAAAACCCCACUUCUUCGUCUUGGUGAGUUUAGACUCGAUUGUACAUCUCGUCGAAAAGAAUGCAUACCUCUACCGAUAGAUCCCAAGGAAGUAGGGUUUGGUCCCGGACCAGCUGCUGAACGUUCUGGACUUUUGUUCCCGUCACACAGAAAUGGACAAUAUCCACUUUUAAGGGACAAGGAAAUGAGAUUCACGUUCCACCUCGAAGAAGAGACGGUAAGAAACAUUAAUGUGAGAACCGAUCUAAUCACGACACAAUAUGUGAACGGGAAGCUUCAACAGCGUACUUUGCAAUCUUCAGUCCACACCGAUGUCCAGAGGAGGAAAAGAGAGCUGUCAAUCACAUGUAAAAUAGCUGAAGAUGGAGAAUACGCUCUUACAAUCUCAACAGUAAUGACAGAAUCGUCGAAUUCGUACAGAAACGUCUGCAAUUAUCUCCUAUCGUCGGAUUUAACGCCAAAUAAGGAGAACAAUUAUGUGAGAUUCGCAAAAAACAAUCUUCGUAAAGUGUUAGCAUCUAAAGACGACUCCAGAUCAGACACUGAUGUAAUCGAGGAAAUAAAAACAGCAUUAGAAAAGUGUAGAACGCAGAAAGUCCCAGGAGACGACGAAGAAGUAGAAUCUGGAAAAAUCAGAUUGGAGUUUCUUCUUUUUAAAAUUGAUAUACACGACGCCAACCUCCGACAGAACUGGCACGUAACAGAGAGAACUGUACGCCGGCUGCAGCAAUCACGAUUUGCUCAUACGUUUCGGAAGAAAAUCGCGGAUUUGUCGCAAGAAAGAGACAAACUAGCAAAGGAACGAGAGGACAGGUUAUAAGAUUAAGAGUAUGGAUCACUGUUUAACCGCUCGAUGCCAAUUCUGAGAGAAUGUUAUUACAAACGUCAAUGUGAUAAUGAACAGUGCAGGAAGUAACGUAACCGGAUAUCCUAUAGGAUUUAAAUGUGCAGAUCACUGUAUUACAAUGACAACAGUACAGACCAUCCAGAACUCCUCGGGUUUAGCCAACCCGAGGAUGAUCCGAAUGCAGUACAGACCCC